GUGUUACUAAUAAGGGCAAAAUAUUACGGAUUUAAAUUAUUUUGAUAAAAAUUACUAGAAAAAUUGAAAACGCACAUUGUAUGUUCACUACGUAUAAAAUAUCAUGGCGGGUUUUGGAAGGCUAGUUUCACCUGGUUCUUGUACUAAUCUUUUAAAUUCCAGAUGUUUAUCGAUGAAUUCUUAUCAAUUUAUAUCAUCUAAAACAAAGAAGUUUGUAGAAGACAGUCUUUUUCCGAACAAACCAAAAAGACCAUUAACACCAUUUUUUAGAUAUAUGAAAGAGAUAAGACCGAGGGUUGUUAGUGAGUAUCCAGGACAUAAAUCUAAUGAGAUUGUCAAACUUAUAUCUCAAAGAUGGGCCUCGGAAGAUCCAGGAUAUAAAUUUAAAUUAAAUAAAGAAUAUGAUAUAGAAUACAAAGAAUAUAUGAACAAAAUAGUAGAAUAUGAAAAGACAAUAACUCCUGAGCAAAGGGAACAUUAUAUAAUGACAAAAAAGAAUUUAAACAAAAAGAAAGACAAACAAGCUACUCAAUUACCUGGAAAACCAAAGAAACCACCAUCUGCUUUUAUAUUAUAUAUGCUUCAUGUUAAAAGCACACAACAAUCUACCGUUAAUAAUAGGGAAUUUCUCAAAAUGCUAAGUAUCCAAUGGAAAACUUUGAAUGAACAAGAUAAAAAACAAUUUGUAGAUCAAGCAGCAUCAUUAAUGGAGCAAUAUAAUAAAGAUAAAAUAGAAUGGGAGCAAAAAAUGAUGAAGGAGACUUAUCAAAAUAUGUCUUCGUUUUCACAAACUUUCGAAAAUCCAAGUCAAAGAGAGGAAAUUAAGUAGGGAAUCGUGUGCCCCACCCUACCUAAUGAAAAAGCUAUUAGCAUCAUAUUAAUUCCUUCAAAAGUAUUUAAUAAUAAUAACAUCGUGGGUCGGGGCACAGAAGUUCCUGAUUCUUUGAUAAAUAUACUGAUUUAUACUACUGGACAAAAUUCAAUAAUUUAUGAACAUCUUUCAACUUGUUCUCGACUUCGUGAUUUGUCUCCUACUGCAACUUAUAUGAUUACAUUGAAAUUUAUUACAAACGAUUUGACGAAGCAUGCCAAUAAAAAAAAUUUAUUAAAAAUAGAUAAGUGUGAAAAUGCUGAUCUGGUAGGUUACCUACCAAUCAAUAAUAAAA